UCGGAAAUCUUGGAUCUUAUCGUUGAUUUCAAUGUUGCAGACAAGAAAAUGUCAACAACAAUAAUAUAUAUUUUUGUAUUAGCAGCUUUUCAACUAACAUUUGCUUUUCUUGAUCUGGAGGAACUGAAGACCUUUAACUAUGGCAUAGACAUACAGUCAGAGCCAGUUGUUUUGAAGGAAGGGGAAGAUGAUAUUGAAGAUUUGAGCACUGUGAAACUGACAUCAAAGUUUGGCCAGACUUAUCAGUGCACAUUUCCCAACACUGUAGAACACGAGAAACAGAAGGAAGAGGCAGAGAAGGAAGCCCUAGAGACAGGAAUACCAGACCUUCUCAAACCCAUAGAGACGGGGCCAUGUCUGAGAAAGACUAAAGACUGGUGGAGCUAUGAAUUCUGCUAUGGGAAAAAUAUAAAACAGUUUCAUCUGGGCGAUGAUGGUCGAAUAGAGGGAGAGAUCGUGAUGUUGGGAUAUUACGAAUCUGAGUUUAACUGGGAUGAAGAUGCCUCGGAGAUGUCUGCAGAAUGGAAGUCUAAGUCAUUACGGCGCUACCAUACCCAGCAGUAUGUUAAUGGUACCAAAUGUGACUUGAACGGAAAACUGCGGAAAACAGAAGUCAGGUUUGUAUGUGAGGAAGGAUCGGCGGACUACAUCUGGCGUCUAGACGAGCCGGAGACAUGUUCAUACAUCCUGACGAUCCACACAAUGAAGAUUUGUCACCACCCGUUUCUGAAACCGCCGACUCCAACACAAACCGUCACCAUCACAUGUAAUCCUCUAUUGAACAUUGUGCAGUACCAGGAAUACCUUGACCACCUUGAAGUGAAAGAAGCAGAAGAAGCACAGCAGCGAGAACUAGAGGAGGCAAAAAUAAAAGCAGCCGAAGAGGAGAGGGCCAGAAUAGCGGAGGAAAAGGCCAAAUACUUCAAGGAAAACCAGCUGUAUACAGACACAGAAGGAGAGGAUGGUAUCGUUGAAGAGGAGAUGGAUCCAAUGGCUGAGGUGGACAAAGCUUUGAAGGAACAUGACGAAAUCUUCACUGACCAGUGGAACAGCAUUCUCAAGGCUGCAAGAAAUGCAGGUGAGGAAUCCCUUUUCGACAAUUCCAAAACGAUGUUUAAGGUGAUCACCUCUCAGGAUGACUUAAAGGACUUCCUCAAGGACGCUAUGAAAGAGGUUAAACGUCUGAACAAAGCUGUGACAGUAAAGUCUGAUGGUACUAGUGGAACUGAUGAUGAUGAGUCAACAGACAAGAAAAAAGAAACCGAAGAAGAACAGGAGGAGGAGCCAGCUGAAUAUAUUGAUGGAGUCAAGGUCCCACCCUUGCCUAAGAAGGAAAAACACCCAGGGUUUGAAAGUCUGAGAGGAGGGAAGGAUGAAGCUGAAGACCGGAUUGAUGAUCCAGAGCUAGAGGAACUGGACCAAGAGAUUCGCACCCUGAAGGAGAAGUACAAAUCCCGGCGUAACAGACUGACAGAGUUUAAGAAGAAAGUCAAGUCCUCCAUGGCUCAACAGUAUGAGGCUAUUAUAAAAGAGGCCAAAGAAGAGUUGGAAGAACAAGGCCAUGAUACAGCCGAGGAGACACAGGAGAACCGGGAGGCCAUCAGACAUCUUACAAAGACCAUCGACAGUCUGCUGGAUAAGUUAGACAAGACUGAGAAAGAUAUUGCCAGUGUGGACAAAGAGCUUGAACAGUUUGCUGAAUACGACAGUGAGGAAAAAGGUGUUAAAUCCAUCCCACCGGUAAAGGUCGACACCCCACCAAGAGGUCCCACAGCCACUAAAGACAGUGACGAUGUUGACCAUCGUGUUCGCGUAAAGGUGAGCAAGAUGCUACCAGGGCAGAAGACGAAGGUCAUGGGUAACUCUAUUAGCUCCAAACAGACAGAGGAACUGGAGAAAAGCGUGCAGCGUGAACUGGAAAAGGCGGGACUUGGCAGUGGGGAAAAGAUCCAGGUGAAGAUAAUUACUACAGCCUACGACGGCGAUGACGAUACCUUGCAUGUGCUGUCAGACAAGGAUUCAGAGGCUUUCAAGAAUAUGAUUGUGGACAUGAUUGGAGGAACAUCAGAGGUGGACAAAGAACUAACAAGACAUGAGCAGCAGGAAGAAAACUACAGCUUCGUGUGGGGCAAAGAGAAGUCCCCAGACCUCACAACCAAUAGUGGAGGAGAGGGGUCAUCUCAAAGUGAUGCAUCCAGUGGGACUGAAGCUGAGGGAGCAUCUCAAGGUGGUUUAUUCACAGGGAGUGAAAAUCGCGGAAUUUCUCAAAAUAAACUUGUAGGUUCUUCUUCAUUUUCAUCCAGAACUCAAGCAGAUAACUCUGCUGAUAGUUAUUUAUCAAAAGAAGACGAAGAAUCAUAGUGUUUAUUGAGGUUACAGUUUUGGUAUCAAUUCACAGCCUUUGGAUAUAAGUUUAAAAAGUAGUUUAUGUAUUUGAAAAUCAAAGAUUAUUAAUGCUCACUUACAAUUGUUUCUAUCUUUUUUUUUGUAUUUUUGUAAGGUUGGCUUUAACUUUAAUGAAUACAUUUUUCCUGUUUCUAUGCAUACUUUUUGUGUGUAAGUAUUUGUAACAUGCAUAAUGAGGCCGUUUAGAAAUCCAUUAGAGCUUGGCAAUGGUACUGGGAUUACUGGGUAUUGAAUUUUGAAAUUCAUGUAUAUAAUUAUUAGGGCUCAUUACACAACAUAACAGAAUGUAUUGGUAUUGCACAAUCAGCUUUUCAAUUGUAAUAUGGAAGACUAUUUUUGUAAUACACUGCAUUAUUUGUGACAGAUAAAAUCAAACAUUUGCAGGGGGAGGAUUCUUAAAUCCCCCUGCCAUCAACCCCCCCCCCCCCCCCCCCCCCUGAAUGUUUAAACCAUAUAUAUUUAGAUUUUGUGGGAGGGGUCACAUGUCAAAACUUCUGUAUUAAAGUUGCAACCCCUCCUGGUUCCAAAAUCCUGGAUUCACCCCAUGUGUCGUACAUUCCAUUCACCAUUUCAUCCUAAUGAUUAGUGCUAUUUUGUCUGUGGGGAAUUGUGAGGUAUAUAGUUGUGUUCAAUAAGUUUCUUAAAUUAAAAUUAUAUGUUUAAUGUUGAAUUGGUAAGGAUUGUAAAUAAGACAGUGCAAUGUAAGGGGUUAAACAAAAACUUGCUUGUUUGCGUUUUCCUGACUUAAUCUUUUUAUUGCCACAGGUCAAACUUUUUCUUACUAUCAUUUUUUUUUAUCCUUUUUUGGUAAUUUUCAUUUGCUUGUUAUCCUUGCAAGAUGUGUGAAUGUACUGUUUUUAUAGAGUAUCUUAUUACAUUAGUUGCAACAAUUCUAAGCUACCUACCUAUUUUCUUUUGGCAGCAAAAUUGGAAACUAUUACUAAGUUAUGCAAUGUCUAUGCUAGUCAGAUUUGAGUGUGCAGAAAAAUGAUAACUAGUGGAUGGUUAUUACUUUGGUAUGCAUGUUAUGUUUUGUAUGCAUGCUUCUUAGUGCUAAAUUUGCUGUGAAAUCAUUCAGUUGUAUGGUUAUAUCCGGUAAUUAUUUGCAAUCUUUACACCACAGCUUAGUGCCAUACCAGUAGGGGAAUAGAUCUCAGACACUUUGAAUUUUUUUUCAAGAUACCUUCCUGAUCCGUUGAGAUAUCAAAUAUUUUUCUGAAUAGCUCUUUUUUAAUUCUAAAUAUACAAAAGUUAUUGGAAAUUAAAUCACAUAUCCUUGUUUUCUAUGGUUCCGAAACGGGUGUAAAAAUGGCAUCUAAUUUUAUUAGGACAGUAGUAAUUCUCCGACGUUUUCUGAAAAUUAAAUCAUAAAUUAAUUAUUUAUAUUGUUCUGUUUAAUAUUUGAAAAUUGAAGCUUUCCAUUGCCAUUGAAUUAAUACUGUUCAGCAAUUACUUUCUAACUAUGUCAUAAAUUGGCAAACUUUGUUGUCUGUCUUACCUAGUUUGUUGCAUAUACACAACAAUGCUAGAAAGUACGGCAAAACUUACAAAAGUAUAACCUUUUGAAUAAACUACUCCUUACAAAAACCUGAUUGAAUUUCAACAGGCACUUUCUCUACUUCUUUUAAAACAAUGCAAUACUCUUGUGACUGUCUGAGAUCUUCUCCUGUCCGAGAUUUGCUCCUCUCUGAAAUCAGUCCCUGAUUUUUUGAAUCUUCUUAAGCCUAACAGACUUAAGUAGCUUAUUUUGUUUAGCGAAAUUUCUAACUUUAACCUGAUUUUGAUGAAUGAAAUCUUGUGCUUAUCAGACGGAUGAUAUCAAUAAACAAUAAAAAAAAUCCAAAAAAGUAAAUAUAUCACAAAUUAUAGAAGAAUCAAAAAUAGUGAGCGUAGCAUUUUCAUGUUAUAACAGACUUAAGUAGUUUUGAGAAAUUGGCCCCUACUCUCCAACUGUCUGGUAAAGAAUGUUUCAUGCUAGAAAUAUUUCAUACACCACAAUGUAUGUAAGUGCACAAUGCGAGUGUCUAUCUUUUUGCUUGUUUCACAGGCUCAUUGACAUGACAUGAUCUUAUUUUUCAUGCAAUUCUUACACAUGAUGUCAUUUCUGCUGUAUUUUAUGUUAAUUGAAAAUCGUGCAAAAAAUGUACAUAUGAUCUUCUGUAUAUUGUGUUUUAGUGCUGAUUAUUUUAGAUAAUGGGCUUGUUGUUCAUACAUUUGCUAAAUUUUCAAACAUGGGGGAAACACCCUUAAAAAACAGUUUUUGUCAUUAUAAUGAUAUUUUCCUCUGUUAAAGAUUUAGUGAUUUUAUGAACAAUGGGACCGAUAUUGUUGUGAUUAUUCAGCGCAUUCUCAGAUAUAUAUACCAAAUACUGUUACUGUUUGAUGUUGUUGGUUUAAAUGGUUUACAGACUAUUCUGUAUUGUAUAUAAUUAAUUCAUUUGAUAUGAUAUACAAAUGGUGAUUAUUGUAGACAAGAUUUCUAAAAAAAUGUUUUUAAAAUAUUGUUGAUGUUUAUAAUGGCUGAUAAGAUUAAAACUAUGGAGGCUGUAAUACAAUGUGUUGUUUAUU